AUGCUCGCCACAGAUACACCUUUUUCAAAAAGGCUAACACAAUGCGUAUGUGCCAUUGUGUGGUGCUUGUUAUGCGGUGGUCCAAUAUUUGGAUUUGCUGCGUUGAAACCAAUCUUGAUCAAAGAGCACGUUUAUGAAUCACUAUGCGACUUACACCCGGAGUCCACAAUCUACUCUGUGGCAGAAAAUGAAAUUGUUGCCAAAUGUACACCACAAGAUUUGAAAUUGAACAAGAUGUUCACCGUUGCCGCAGUUGUCACCAAUGUUUCGGCAUUGCUCAUUGGCCGUAUUUUGGACAAGUUUGGACCUAAAGUAUGUGGGUUAAUUGGUGCUGGGUUCUUAUACUUGGCCAGUUUUGUAUUUAUCUACGCAAAACAAAUUCAAUCGUCACCGUUGUGGUCCUGGUUUGAUCCAUACUUAAUGGGGUAUAGCCUCUUGGCAUUAGGGGGGCCAUUUACUUUUAUUUCAUCGUUUCAACUUUCAAACUCAUUUCCAGAACGUAGUGGAACAAUAUUGGCAAUGUUGACUGGUGCCUUUGAUGCGUCUAGUGCUGUAUUUUUGCUCUAUCAAAUUGCCUAUGAUAAAUUGGGCGGAGAAUUCAAGUUGGAUACUUUUUUCCAGGUGUAUUUGAUAGUCCCGGUAUUCAUAACCGUUGCUCAGUUGACAGUGAUGCCUAAUGAGUCAUACCAAACAAGUACUGAAAUUGUGAAAUUGGUAGAUGGGGGAGAAGUGAGGAAUGAGAACAGUGUGGUAACUUCAGAAGUCAAUGAAGAAUCUGCAUUAUUGUCAGGAGACACACCCCGCAGAAGAGAUUCAAUUGGUGAUGCGUUGAAACACCCUUAUGAAGAAGAAGCUUACUUAAUUAAACAUAGUGGUGAUCCAAUAGUUGGAAUACUUCAUGGAUACACAGCACAAUACCAGAUUAAAACAUACUGGUUCUUGUUGAUUUGUUUAUUCAGUACCAUUCAAAUGUUGAAGAUUAAUUAUUUUGUCGCUACAAUUGCUAGUCAAUACCAAUACAUUUUCCGUUCCUAUGAGCUAGCCACCAAGCUCAAUAGGUUUUUCGAUGUGGCCCUACCCUUGGGUGGAAUUGUUUGUGUGCCCUUGAUUGGUGUACUACUUGACAAUUACUCGUCACUGUUUGUUGUAUCUACACUAUUGUCAAUUUCGGUGCUCAUUAGUGUUUUGGGUUUUUUCGCAAACUAUUCGUUGGCAAUCAUUGGUGUUUGUUUAUUUGUUGGUUACCGACCAAUGUUUUAUACAGUUAUAUCUGAUUUAUGUGCCAAGGUAUAUGGAUUUGAGACAUUUGGCACUGUUUAUGGAUUAAUCAUGACAAUUAGUGGUGUGUUCAACUAUGGACAAAGUUAUUUAGAUGAAUUGACGCACACUGUGUUUCAUAUGGAUCCAAUGCCUGUGAAUUUGAUGUUGGUGGGGGUUACACUUCUCAUUGGUGGAUUAACAGUAGGGUAUGUUUAUGUGGAGGGUAAUCGAAGGAUAAAGAGGACUACUGAGGCACUUCAAAGGGAAUAG